UGAAAAAAAAAGAAAAAAGAGAAACCUUUACAGCAAUGGCGGACGAGGGUUUCGACGAAGAAUGGGACGCAGAUUUCGUCGACCAACUUGUUCAAGCUGAAGAGCAGGCCUUGUCGAUCGCCACUCAGAAAUCCCUUCCACCUCCGCCGCUACCGCCGCCGCCCCUGCAGCAGCAGCAACAAUCAUAUCCGGCGGUGUCGUACGUCGAGGUUAGCUAUUCGCCUCCGCGGGAUUUGUCUCAGAGAGUUCCAGAAGUGCCUAAAGGUUUCAAUCAGUUAUCCGAUGUCGACGUUUUCUCCGCUGCCGCUGCCCGCUCCUCUCUCCCUGCUGGCGGGUCCCACAAUGCCAAAGAAGAAGAACUUGAUAGUUUGAAGAGGGAGCUUGAUAGAAUUUCAGAGGAGCGGAAUCGUUUGGAGCAAGAGUGCAUUAAACUCAGAAAGGAAAGAGAUAAGAAAGAGAAGAGACUCAAGGUUACUCCUCCAAAAAUUGUGAACCUUAGUACAGAUUCGGGUAUCAACAUCCAAGGAGACCAAAUAAAAUCCCUAGAAUUCCAAAACACACGCUCUAUGAAUGAGCAUAUUGGCUCUAGCACAAAAAUCGGUACAGUAUCCUCUAAGGAUGUUGGGAUCCAGACUGAAAGACAUGAUGAAUCUACCAGUUUAUCAGCUGUAAACAAUUUAUCUGAUAAUUUUUGCCGUAGAAACAAGUUGUUGGAUGCAUGGAGCUCGUCUUGUGGCCAAAGAUUAGGAAGGCUACUCAUUUCGAAGUUGUAUGCGACAUGUGAUGUUGAUUUCCGUGUCCUUUCUGGAUACCUAAACACGAGUUUGCCCUUUAGGACAAGUGUGGAGUCAAAGAUUUCUUUGAAGGAUAAUCUGCAGUAUACUCAUUCUGGUGAGAGUGCAAAAGUGUCUCAUCUUUUCUCUGUAUUGACCAAGAUUAAUGAUGAAAUGGUGAGAUUCGAAGAUUUGUUAGAAGCGUUGGUUGGUCUUUGCAGACUUAAAAAUGUUUCUAUUAUUCAUAGGUCUUUGCAUAUACUGCAAGAGGUUUUGAGUUUCACUUUCAAUAUGGAAAGAAAAUUUGGUAAAAGGGACAAUAUUGUGGUUGACGGACCUGUUUGUUGGAAUAAUGCGUCAGAACUGUAUGAAUAUGGAUAUCCUGGAAAUAGAGGACUGCCGCAUGUCCAUACUGAGAAAAUAUUUGAUCAAGAUCACACUGAUCGCCUGAGAGUGAAUAAUCUUGAAACUUGCACCAGAAUAGGAUUCAUCAAUUAUGGAUCUAGCUGUUUGAUAUCAUCUUGUUUCAACUAUGUUCCUCUGUUUGAAUUAAUGUGCGAAAUUGUCAUGAUUCAUGACGUAGAACAUAUAAGACUCGAAGCAGUUUCAGUCAUGAAUCUGAUUGUUGCAAGAAGUAAUGCCUAUUUGGAGAGGGACAAGUACGGAACAGAUAUACUAUUCCAAAGUAUUGUAAAAUUAUUGAAGAAGGGAGCCCGCUUGCAUGUAAAGAAGAAAACUGUGCAUCUUCUUCAUAUGCUACUGAAUUGUCCAAGAGUAAUGGCCUCAUUCUGCAGCUGUUUCAUGGAGGGAGAUGGCAGUGGCAUGGUUGACAUCAAUUCCAAUGAAAGUUCAACUUUUUCCGUAAUCAGUGUGAUCUUUGAGAGUUUGGCAGAGUGUAUCGCCUGCACUGGAAGUAAUGCCGAGGAACUACAGCUUCGGAAGCACACUAUUAUUUUGCUAGCUUUCUUCGCAUCAUCCGGAAAAUGUGGUGUUGAAAUUCUAUUAAAUUAUGGGCUUCCAAAAGGAAAGGAUUUCCCAGCAAUUAUUUUGCAAAGCUUAGUAUGCGAUUUGGAUCUAGAAGAAUCGGAUACUGCUCAGCAGCCAGAAGUAUACAAAGAGAGGACCUUGCUGAUUCGAGAGGUACUUAUACUCUUGAAUAGACUAGUUUCACAUCCCAAGUACUCCAGUCACGCUCUACGUGCAUUAACAAAUAGUCGAGAGAAGGCCACUUUGACUGUUGAUGUAACAAGCAGAUUAUCCAGUAAGCGCACAUUCUUUUGGCAGGAUGUUAGUAUGACUCGGCAGAUUAGGGAAUCUGAAAUCAUAGAUUUAGCUCAGGUGUUGAGAAGAAGAGUCUUCACGUUUCUUGGAGGUAGCAACCAAUGAAAGAAGCAUGAAAACUUCAUUAUUCCGAGAAGUGCAUACAUGCUUGAAGAGAACCGCCCAUGGAGCUAUCGAGUUAUGAUGAUAUUAUGACAGGAAUGGGCGUGGAGCAAUGUUGCAGCUUCUGUGCUGAGAUCCCUUCGAAUAGGUUGUCAGCAAAAGUUGCAUACCGAUCACCCUGAUGUAUAAGGUGUUGGGUAGUUGUAUCGGUUUUUCUGUAUAUAUUUUUAAUGUAUGUUUGUCAUUGGCUGAAGAAUAAUGUUAGCAAUCGCAUUAAAUAUAUAAUGUUAGAGCUUCAGAGGAGAUGGAGCAAUUUUCCC